AUGACAAAAACAAUACAAGAGAUAUUACAUUUACGUGAAAAUGAAAUAUCAUCAACGACUGAAUCGAAGGAAAGGUCGAGAUCACAUUUAUCAUUAGUGAGUUCAUACAAUAGCUUAUCAAAACGCAAAAAAUUCGAAGUUGAUAGUGAUAAUAUUGAUAAUUCCAUUUAUUUCCAGAUAUUCAAUGCUCAGACUAAGAUUUGCACUAAUUUGAUCGAUCUAAUUUUUGAAGAAAAACCUUUACUGUUUGAACUAACUUAUUUAAGUGUAACCCAAGCUUGUUGUGAGAAAAGGGAAAAUUCAAAUUAUAUUAAAAAUAUAAUUGAUGAUAAAUUAAUUCAGUUCUGGAGGGAGAAUUUGGAUACAUUUAAAGAAGAUGCUGCUAUUAGUUCAUUACAUUCCGAUGAUAAUAAUGUAAUCAAAUAUAAUGAUGAAGAAGUCAUAAAAGCUUGUGAAGUUGCCCUUGAAUGUUGGAAUCGAUAUGAAAAAAUUUUGGAAAAACUUGAGAUUUUAUUCAAAGUUACAUCGAAAUUUGAGGACAAAAUAAAAGGUUCUCCAUAUGAGAUGGGAAUUAAUUACUUCAAUAGAUUUUGUUUCACAAAUCACCCGCGGGAAUUGAACCUUUUUGAAACUAGUGAAGAGGAUGAUAGAGACUUAUCGUACUUUUGGAUCCUUACUUUCAUGGAUCAGCUAUUUGUGUUAUUAACGAAAGUUUAUUUGAAAGAUAAGUAUUUUGAAAAGUCCAAAAUACAAGUUGAUAUAUCUCUGUUUUAUGAGAAAUUCAUUACAUUCAUUAAAAUGAUGUAUAGAUAUUCAGAAGAAUCUACAAGCUCUUUUGAAAUCAUCAGACACGCCAUUCAUGAAUAUUUUAGAAAUAGUAAGUAUGAUAAUUUGAAUGGACGUUGUGAUUUCAGGGGAUCGACAAAAACCAAAACAAUGUUUAACAUUAUUGACGAGGAAGUCAAAUUUGCUAAAAAAUUUCAUGAAGAUAAUAUAGACGCUCAGGAGUAUGAUAUUUUUUUGACGACACCAUUGUUUUCUCAUAAUCUUGAGAAUAAUAAACAAAUGAUAAUGGAUGUUUGUGAGUUGACAAGUUCUUUCAAGGAUAUUCAAAGAGUGUUUGAUCAUCUUUACUACGGCUGUGGCGACUCCGGUAUAGAUGAAUCAAACAAUUUUGAGGCUACUAGAGAUUGUGCCAUCCAGAAAUUAAAAAAGCAUUUUGAAAGUCAAAUCGAAGCAUUAAUUACUAAUUACUUAAAUUCACAGGAUAAUACAAUCCCGGAGCCCAGCAUUUUAAUUACUUUGGUGCAGCAACUUAAGUCUUUAUUUGAUCAUGUUGACAAUGUUAAAUAUGCUGUGAGAGGACCCAUUUUUAAUAGUCAAAACAUUUUGCAAUCAGUAUUCAAUAAAGUUGGAUAUCAGAACAAUGUCACCAAACAACUUGCCAAACUUAUUGACAUGUAUUUUAAAUGUAAAUUGGGACAAGAUUGCAAUGUAAAAAUUAUACUGGGAGUUAUUGGAAUUAUUAUUAGGGGACUUUCAGAAGAUUUUGAAAACGGUUUUGUUUCUUCAUAUCAGAAGGAUUUAUUCAAAAGAUUAUUGUUAAAUAAGCAAGUCAAUCUAAUAGAAGAGGUUGAAAUUGCAGAAUAUAUCAAUUCCGUUAUUCGCCAUAAGAAUUCAAGCAUCAUUGAAUUGAUCAAAGAUGUAUCGAGAAAUAAGAUUACAACGAUCAACCUCGGCGCUGUUGGAAAAUCAAUUGAGUUUAAAUCGUUAAUAUUAGACUCAAGCGUUUGGGCAAAUAUGCUUCCUGAUGAAAGCUUCAAAUCGGUUAUGCUACCUUCUGAAUUUCAAAAUGAAUUAUGUUUAAACAGAUCUUCAAAAGGUAAAGGGUUAUUGGAUUGGACUCAUUAUAAACUUCAUAGAUUAACAAUAAUGGGUCAAUUUUCAGAAAAUAGAGAAAUACCAAUCAAUUGUAAUAUGUUGCAAGCAAUUAUUAUUCUUUCUUUUAAUGAUAAUGACAAAAUGUCAUUUGAUCAACUUCAGGAGAAAACUAAAUUGGAAUCGAAUUUAUUGAAAAGUAUCUUGAAUACGUUUUCAACCAGUGCAAAUAGAAUUUUACUUUAUAAAAAUGAUCAAAUAACAUAUAAUCGGAAAUUUAAAAGUAAGUCUGAUGUCGUAAAUUUGCCAAUAAUCAAGGAUAAUAUCAAAAUGAUAGACGGAUCUUCAAGGGAAACUUCUAUUGCUACAGAGGAAGUUGGUAAUUGA